GGCGCUCCAGAGCCCGCCUUGGCGGUGGUGGCGGGAGGGCUGCGGAGCAGGUGGAGGGCUGGUGGCGGUGGGGCUGCCAUGGCUGAGCCUCCGGGGCCAGAGCACCAGCUCCCACUUCUCCCCUCCUGGCCCGCCCCUGAUGCCUGGCAGACUUUUGCCUUUGCUGGGGCUCCGGCCUGAGCAGCCUCACCUUCCCGUCUAGUUGGGAUUUGGGGGCUGAGCUGUCUGAGGUCCCCGAGCCAAUGCAGUGCCGGCUCCGGGGCCUGGCCGGAGCCCUCCUCACCCUUCUGUGCAUGGGGCUCCUCUCCCUCCGGUACCACUCCAGCCUGUCCCCGCAGGGCGGGCUGGAGACCCCUGGGCUGAGCCCGCCAAGCCGUCUGUUCCCUGAGCUGCAGCUGCACGACGUCUUCAUCGCAGUCAAGACGACCCGGGUCUUCCACCGCUCCCGCCUGGAGCUGCUGCUGGACACAUGGGUCUCCAGGACCAGGGAACAGACAUUCAUCUUCACUGACAGCCCGGAUGAAGGUCUCCAGGAGAGACUGGGGUCCCACCUCGUGAUCACCAACUGCUCUGCAGAGCACAGCCAUCCUGCCUUGUCCUGCAAGAUGGCUGCUGAGUUCGAUGCCUUCCUGGCCAGCGGGCUGAGGUGGUUCUGCCAUGUGGACGACGACAACUAUCUGAACCCUAGGGCGCUGCUGAAGCUGCUGAAAGCCUUCCCGCAGACCCUCGACGUCUACGUAGGCCGGCCCAGCCUGAACCGGCCCAUCCACGCUUCUGAGCCACAGCCCCACAACCGCACGAGGCUGGUACAGUUCUGGUUUGCCACUGGAGGUGCCGGCUUCUGCAUCAACCGCAAAUUGGCUUUGAAGAUGGCCCCGUGGGCCAGUGGCCCCAGCUUCGUGGACACAUCUGCCCUCAUUCGGCUGCCGGACGACUGCACUGUGGGCUACAUUGUUGAGUGCAAGCUGGGCGGCCACCUGCAGCCCAGCCCCCUCUUCCACUCCCACCUGGAGACCCUGCAGCUGCUGGGGGCCGCCCAGCUCCCGGAGCAGGUGACGCUCAGCUAUGGUGUCUUUGAAGGGAAACUCAAUGUCAUUAAGCUCCAUGGCCCCUUCUCCCCUGAGGAGGACCCCUCCAGGUUUCGUUCCCUCCAUUGUCUCCUCUACCCGGAUACUCCCUGGUGCCCACAGCUGCUGGCCCGGUGAACCCUGAGCUGCGGGGCAAAGUUUGGGCUGAGGCCUCUGAUUGUCCUUCACCUUCCGGGCAGCCUUGGGGGCUUGUGGCAGGUCCUGUGUGGUUGGCAGUUCCUGGCAGGGUCUCUGAGUGGUGGGAAAGCCCAGGAUUGGAUGGUGGCUGGUGCUGCCACCCCCUGGGAGGUGGGUUGGACAGCUCAGGACCAGGUGCACCAAGUGAGGGCCAGAAAGGCCUCAGGGGCUGGGCUUCCAUAGGCCUUCGGUGGCUGAACUGGAACAAAGGUGGGAGUCCUUGAGCUGCUUAGGCUCGGGGAGUCCUAACCCUCCAGAGAAUUCAUGGGCCUCUGGGUGCAUUCUGGCUCCUGCCCACUCUGGUCUCUCAGUCACUCCCCUAUGGCCAAACACUGAGCCACCCAUUCUUGGCUUGAUUGGCUGGAUCCCCAGCCACUGGCAGGACCCAGGUGGCAGAAUGGCAGGCUCUGUGGCAGAUACUGUUGCUGGUGACCAGUCUCCAGCCCCUGCUCCCCAUCUGAUUUUGUUCGGAGCAUCAGCAUGCUCAGAUCCAGAUGGUGGGUCAGAAUGGGUUCCAGCCAAUCAUGAUGAUCCUUUUGCUCACUUUCCUGGCUUCCCUUGCUGUUAGGGACUGCCAUGUGACCCAGAUCUGGCCAGAGCCAGAGCUCUAUCUGUUAGUGUGAACUAAGCAAGGACAGCAGAGAUGUUUCUGGGGAAGGUUUUGCAGCCCUAUAACUCAUCUUCCUGCUGUGAAUGUGGGUGUGAUGUCUGGAUCUCGGGCAGCCACCUUGCUGCCGUGAAGGAAAGGCCAAGACAAUCAUCCACAGCUAUCCCUUCCAAAAUCUGGUUCUGUGAGAAAAUUAAACCCUUGUUUGUUUAAGCCUC